ACGAUCCCAGCUGUCUCCCGACAAGCCCCGAACUCACGCCGAGCUUGUUCCGCGUCCGAGAUGGCUGGAGGCUGUUGGUGGAGCGGAGGACCGCUGCUGCCGCUGCUGCCGCUGCUGCUGCUGCUGGCUGGGUGUGUGAAGGUGGCAGUGUUGGCCAAUGACGGGGACGCGGUGUUCAUCCGGGAGUUCACCCUGAUUCGACGGGAUCACCUUCCCGAAGAGCCACUUCAGGACAACAGCCAAAAACCAGAGGACCCGAGCUCCCGGACAGCCCGCUCAGAGGAGGACAGAGACACGCUGUGGGAUGCCUGGGGCUCGUGGAGUGAAUGUUCUCGCACCUGUGGUGGAGGAGCUUCCUAUUCCCUACGACGCUGCCUCAGCUCCAAGGUCUGUGAAGGGCAGAAUAUCAAAUAUCGCACAUGCAGUAAUGUGGACUGCCCGCCAGACGCCGGGGACUUUCGCGCCCAGCAGUGUUCGGCCCACGCCGACGUGCGGUACCUGGGUCAGUACCACGAGUGGCUGCCGGUCUACAACGACCCCGACAACCCCUGCGCCCUCCGGUGCCGAGCCAAAGGCUCGGGCCUGCUGGUGGAGCUGGCUCCCAAGGUCCUGGACGGGACGCGCUGCUACACCGAGUCCCUGGACAUGUGCAUCAGCGGAGCCUGCCAGAUUGUAGGUUGCGAUCAUGAGCUCGGCAGCACAACAAAGGAGGACAACUGUGGCGUCUGCAAUGGGGAUGGCUCGUCCUGCAGACUUGUGCGAGGCCACUAUAAAUCCCAGCAUGCCUCAGGAAAAACUGAAGACACGGUUGUCGUCGUCCCCUAUAAGAGCCGCCAUGUCCGCCUGGUCCUGAAAGGCCCGGAUCACUUGUAUGUGGAGAGUAAGACCCUACAAGGGGUCAAAGGUGAAGUGUCCUUGGAUAAAACCGGGCAGUACCACCUGGAAAACACCACCUUGGACUACCAGAAACUCGCCGAUAAGGAGGUCCUGAGAAUCACAGGCCCGCUCGGAGCAGAUUUCACUGUCAAAGUGCAGUUUGCCUCUGGAGCAGACAGUGUGGUCCAGUAUAUUUACUACCAGCCCAUCAUCCACCGCUGGAGGGAAACCGACUUCUUCCCCUGCUCUGUCACAUGUGGCGGAGGUUACCAGCUGACCUCGGCAGAGUGCUUUGACCUGCGGACUGGCCGGGUGGUCGUGGACCAGUAUUGUCACUAUUACCCGGAAAAUGUCAAACCCAAACCCAAGCUGCAGGAGUGCAACAUGGAGCCGUGUCUGGACAGUGACGGCUACAAGCAGAUUAUGCCAUAUGACCUCUACCACCCCUUACCGAGGUGGGAGAGCAGUCCCUGGACGGCCUGCUCCACCUCUUGUGGCGGCGGCAUCCAGAGCCGCUCGGUGUCGUGCGUGGAGGAGGACAUGCAGGGAAACAUCACUCCGACAGAGGAGUGGAAGUGUCUCUACUCUCCCAAGACGGCCAUCCUGCAGCCCUGCAACGCCUUCGACUGUCCCACCUGGCUGGCACAGGAGUGGUCGCCUUGCACAGUGACAUGCGGACAGGGUCUGCGCUACAGAGUGGUGCUGUGCAUCGAUCACAGAGGCCUGCAUGCUGGAGGCUGCAACCCCACCACCAAGCCACACAUCAAGGAGGAGUGUCUGGUGACCGUGCCUUGCUACAAGUCCAUGGAUACAUUACCUGUUGAGGCCAAACCGGUGUGGCACAAGCAGGCCAUAGAGCUGGAGGAGGAGGUGACUGUAACCGAGGAACCGACCUUCAUCCCGGGUCCCUGGCAGGCCUGCAGCCGGACGUGCGGAGCCGGGACUCAGCGGCGGACCGUCAGGUGCCAGGUGCUGCUCUCCUUCUCGCAGACCGUCGCCGACCUGCCCGAUGACGAGUGCGACGGGGCGAAGCCGCCCGAGAGGCAGCCCUGCUACCGCACGCCCUGCCCUGGAGGGGAGAAGGAGGAGGAGGUGGAGGAGGAAGUCGAGACACCGGGGAGGGAGGAGCUGCACGACUGGGAGUAUGAGGGCUUCACCGAGUGCUCAGAGAGCUGCGGAGGAGGCGUGCAGGAGGCCGUGAUCAUCUGUCUGAACAAGCAGACGAGGGAGGCGGUCGAUGAGAGCGUGUGUGUGAGCGCCCGGCGGCCCCCGCAACUCCUCCAAGACUGCAAAACUCAACCUUGCCCGCCAAGAUGGGAAACGGGGAACUUCAGUUCAUGCUCUGCUACCUGUGGGGUCGGCCUGAUGACCCGCUCCGUGGCCUGCACCCACCGGCCCUCUCGCAGCAGCAACCACACCGCAGUGCUCAGAGAUGAGGACUGCCACAGCCCCAAGCCCAGUCCUGUCCAGGCUUGCAACCGCUUCGACUGCCCUCCGAUGUGGGACGCAGGCGACUGGGGACAGUGCUCCCAGAGCUGUGGCGGAGGUGUUCAGAGGAGGAGAGUCCUCUGCAAACAGCGACUGGCUGACGGAAGUGUCCUCGAGCUGCCCGACACCUUUUGCCCGUCCAGGAGUCCGGCCAGCCAGCAGCCCUGUGGCAAGACGGACUGCCCCCCUCAGUGGAUCACCACCAACUGGACCCAGUGCUCAGUGACCUGUGGAAAUGGCAUUCAGACCCUGCAAGCCAUCUGCAGGAAACCAGGAGCAAACGGACAGUAUUCCACUGUAGACCCUAAAGACUGUCUUGAGGCGACCAGGCCCAUCCAAAUCCGACAAUGCUCCCUCAGGCACUGUGAAAACGGUGCCAAGCCGGAUCCCUCCAUACUGGCUCAGAGGAAGGUUUACAUCCAGUGGAAGAAAGGUAAAAAAGUACAGUUGGUCGUUGGCGGCUACGCCUACCUGCUGCCCUGGACGACUGUGGUCCUCCGCUGCCCGACCCGCCACUUCCGUAAAGGCCACAUCAGAUGGCUGAAGGACGGGAAACCCCUGGCCAGCCUCCCUCACCGCUCCGCUACCUCACUCGGCUCCGUGAAGAUCCAACAGGUCCGCGCUUCCGACGCCGGGAUAUACACAUGCGUGGCAGGCAAAGCCCGAGAGCAUCUGGUCCUGCAGAUCAUCGGCAGCAAACAAAAGCUGUCUGCUCCGGUGUCGUGGCUCUUUGAGAACGGACAGCAAAAGGUUCGCUGGCCAGACGUGAUCUCAGCCAGGGAGACGUUUCAGGAGUUACCCGUUUCUCUCAACCAGUACGACAGCAUUGUUGAGCAGUUGCUUGAACUCAAAGACUCGGUCCAAGAUGAGAAACACAUUGCCGACAAGCCUCACUCCGGUGAGAAGAACAGGUCCACUCUGGAAGACGAGAGAGCCACUUCUGAGCUUCCCCUCCCCGUUGUUCUCACCGCCGACACCCACAGGCUGGAUGAGAUUGUGCAGAACCUCUCUGCGGGCCUCGGAGGACUUCGGAGGGAGCAGCUCCUCACUCAGCUGCUCAGCGAGCUCACGGCGACGGAGGGAGACGCCAACGAAUCGACUCUUCACCCUCCGGAAAGCGCCGAGUCUUCCACCCAGUUGCCGGUUCCCUAUAAACCCAACACCAGAGCUCACACGCCCAGGCUCCGAACCCCCGUGAUAAUUCAGCGGACGAAGAAAGUUGGAGGUUCGCCGCAGUCUGAGCUGGUCGUUUCUGUGGGCGUGCCGGUUCUGCUGCAGAAAUCGGUCGCCACACUGGAACUGAGGUGCGAAGCGCUGGGGAAUCCAGAACCAACCUUGAAAUGGACAAAGAAUGGAAAAGAGCUGCACUUCAGUAACAGAGUGGACCUGUUGCCCACCGGCUCACUGAGGAUUCAGGCUCCUGGCAAAGACGACGAGGGUUUAUACACUUGCACUGCCAGGAACCGUGUUGGAAGGACUUCUCUCUCAUCUUGGCUGCAGUUUACAGGUGUUAAAGGAAGAAGCUGUGUCCAGGGCAGCAGCGUGGGACCAAAUGGUCCCGCUUGCUCUGAGAGGAGGAACAGCAGCCUGCCGGCCGAGCUCUGCCAAGGACAAGUCUGCCCCCUAACGUGGAGAGUGGAUCCGUGGUCAACAUGCUCCACAUCGUGUGGCGGUGGAUCCCAGACCAGGACCGUCCGCUGUUUAAAGGGUCCUGAAGGCAGAUCAAGAGAGGUAGAGAGCCAGCAGUGCCUCGCAGCGGGGAGGAGACCGUCUGACACCAGGCUGUGCAACACAUCGCCCUGUGCCAGAUGGGGCACAACCUCCUGGGGGCCGUGUCAUGGCCCAUGCGUGGGUCCGAGUCUGGCCACACAACACCGACAUGUCUAUUGCCAAGACACAAACGGCACCAAAAUCCGCUACAGGAGCUGCAGCGGGCUGCAGAGGCCCAGUUCCACGAGGAACUGCUCCACGGAGAUGUGCGCUCUGCAGUGGCGCGUCGGGCCGUGGACGCAGUGCACCGCCUCCUGCGGGCGCCACGGCUUCCAGUCCCGUCAGGUGACCUGCAUCCACCACCGGACCGGCAAGGCCGCCAGGGAGCACCACUGCAGGUGGAGGCCUCGGCCUCCCAGCUGGCAGCGCUGCAAUAUUUUGUCAUGUGGGAGAGCAGGCGAAUGCAGAGACAGUACCAAGUACUGCGAGAACGUCCGACAGCUGGAGCUUUGCCCGCUGCCCCAGUUCCAAAGCCGCUGCUGUCACUCCUGUCGAAGCACCUGAGGAAACGGACGUGAGCAGGACCGAGGGAAACCCGGAGAGGUCAGAGGUCAGAUGGAAGACUUGAAAACCUGGACUCCUCGCCCCGACACCUGCCACUCUCUUUCAAGAUCAGUUUCUGAUGGGAACGCUUGAGCGCGGGCGACUGUUGGGCUUGUCGUACCCGAAGUGGUUUUGAUCAAAGACGCCAUUCACGGCGGUCAAUUUGAGAGAAAAGACACUGCUGUUGAUGAAGGCUUCGGUUUCUCUCAGAGAAACACUGAAGUCCAGCAGCUCUGCUUUCUAAAUUAUGAAAACUUGAGACACAUUUCCCCUUGUGGGCAGUAGAAACCUGUGGCGACCACGAGUUUGACUGUUAAAGGGGAAUUCCAGACAUUGAAACUAAGACUUGUGGCCGAUCCUCUUCAGUUUCAAGGGUUCUUAAAAAAGAAAGUGCCGCAGCAUCAUGAUUUUCUGUAUCUCCAUCCCUUCAUACAGAGCAUAUAUUGUCAAUAAAUUCUAAGUCCAAUCCCACGUUUCCACACAUAUGUGUGGAUUAAAAUGAAGAUAUUUUAAACUGAUCGACUAUAUUACCCAGAAACCCUGGGAUGACCUCUGACCUUGAGAUAACCACUGGAAAGAUAUGUGUCUGUUCAUCGCAGCAGCCUCCACAACAGGCGAAUCCUUUUCAUGUCAAAUGAGAUUUUGCUUACGUGGCAUGAAAACACACUUUUUAACUGAGAAAUAAGAUCAAGUUGUGUAAAAAUGGGGAGUGGUUAACGUGACUAGAGACAGCGUGUAGUUCAGCGUUUGGCAUCGAGCAUGUGAGACAUAAAUUCAACACAUGUUGAUCACAGUGAUUGUUCUGUGAAAGGAAUUUGGCCUGCAGGUGUAUUAACCACACAGGAUAGAAAGUGAGACAAUGAUUUCUUAUGCGUGGUUUGCACUAAAGGAAGUGUUUUACUGAAGCAAAUGUUGUUUUGGGU